ACCCGCGGAAACGGUUGCUAUGGGUUUAACGGCUGUGGCGGCGCUCGGCAGCCGCGCUCGGCCGUUACGGCCUCUAUGGAGCGCCGGCCUCCGCGCUCUGUCGGCGUCGGCUGCCCGGGCGCGGCCUCGAGGACUGGUCUACGAGCAACAUGGGGAGCCGGCUCAGGUCCUAAACCUAAAGGAGAUAGAUCUGGCAGAGCUGGGGGAUUCUGGAGUCAAUGUGAAAAUGAUUGCAGCCCCUAUCAAUCCAUCUGACAUCAAUAUGAUUCAAGGGACGUAUGCUACUCUGCCUGACUUGCCUGCGGUUGGUGGGAAUGAAGGAGUUGGACAAGUGAUUGAAGCUGGGAGUCGUGUGACUUCUCUGAAGCCAGGUGAUUUGGUUAUCCCAGCUGAUGCAGGACUUGGAACAUGGCGAACAGAAGCAAUAUUUGGUGAGGAGACUCUGCUGAAAAUUCCUCCUGAUACCCCAUUAACUUGUGCUGCCACUUUAAGUGUCAACCCCUGCACAGCUUAUCGGAUGUUGUUGGACUUUGAGGUCUUGAAGCCAGGAGAUUCAGUCAUCCAAAAUGCAGCCAAUAGUGGAGUGGGGCAGGCCGUCAUCCAGAUCGCAGCAGCCAAGGGGUUCAAAACAAUAAAUGUGGUCAGAGAUAGACCCAAUCUCCAGGAGCUUGUAGACAGACUGAAGUCGCUUGGAGCAGACCAUGUCAUCACAGAGGAGAUGCUGAGAAAAACGGAAGUAAAAGAGCUGUUUAAGAAAAUCCCUAGGCCCAUAUUAGCUUUGAAUGGCGUUGGAGGGAAAAGUGCCACUGAGUUGCUGCGUCACCUGCAGCACAAAGGGACCAUGGUUACCUAUGGUGGAAUGUCAAAGCAGCCUAUAACAGCCCCUGUGAGUGCACUGAUCUUUAAGGAUGUGAAACUUCGUGGCUUUUGGAUGACCCAGUGGAAGCGGGACAACGCACAGAACAAAGAGAAACUGAGAGGAAUGAUUGAAGAUCUAUGUGAUCUCAUUCGUAAGGGUCAGCUCACAGCUCCAGCCUGCCAAGAAGUCCCACUGAUAGACUACCAAGCUGCUUUGAAGUCUUCCAUGAAGCCCUAUGUAUCAGCUAAACAGAUCCUCAUUAUGUGAAGCCGGUCUGAUGGGGAAAUUUGUACACAGCCUGUUCAGAUGGAGGUCAGGCCCAGCUGGUUUGAGGGCUCCCAAGACUAGGACUUUUUCAAAGCCCCAUGCCCUGCAGCUUGGCAGAGAGGGGACUUUGGGGGGCAAAUGACCCAGACUAUCCAGUAAUAGUGGUGGUGGGAGAUUAAAGCUCUUGUUUCUAUAUGAGUAGGAAACACUGGUUUCAUGGCAGAAGGUGAGGUGGAGGAUGACCCGGGGAGACUUUCCCUCAGUGUACCCUGAUCCAGAUUUUCAGUGAAGGAACUGUACAAAAGCUGCUAUGUGCUCAAAUUCAGAGUGCCUACUGCCAGAGCAUGUGAUCUGCCAGCAUCAUGGCACUGCUUUUUUGUAACCCCGGAGAUGAGUCACUUUCUUCCUCCUAUAGCACACUUUUUGCUAGCUUUUCUGCACUUCAGCUCUGAUUCUGUAGAUUGAUUGCAUUUUCUAGGAUAAGGUUGUUGUUUAGUCGUUUAGUCGUGUCCGACUCUUCAUGACCCCAUGGACCAGAGCGCUCUAAUUCACAUUGUUGGUCCAUUAGCGAUGGGCAACAUGAGCUGUAUCUAGCCUACCAAGGCUUUCCCCCUGGAGUUACCACUUUGCAGGUUACUUUCUGAGAGUGUUGAUGUGUCAGAUGCAGCCUGCAGUCCUUAAGUGCCAUCCUCCUAAUCUGUAUAUAACGCAUAGAAAGACUAGUUUAAAAUUGGUUAUUUAUAUCAAGACUGUUGUAACUGAAAUGAAGGCAAAUUGUAUUUGAUUGCAAACCUGUUCUUGCAGAACCGUGUAAUGGCCGUUGAAAUGCCAAUGAUUCUCGUUUCCAAUAAAAUUCUCUAGCUCUGAUCAGUGAUGAGAUUUUUGCUGGAGCUUAGUAAUAGGCUAUGGCACUCUUGAAGCUGUUCAGUCAUGUAGUGUUGCUAUAUCAGCCUCUGGGGUAUUUCAUGGUGUUGCUUUAAUAGCUUAUAUGGUGCUUUCACACAUUAGACUUGAGCAGUGUAGAAGCGUGUAUGUUUAUAUGCAUUAGCACGCACACACAUAAGCAUAAAAUGAGAACGGCUGUGCUGGGCUUUGAUGAAAGUUAUCAGUGCAUGGACUAAUUAUGAUGAGAAAGUAUAUCAGGCCCACAGAGAUUGGAAAUAUAGCAAUAGAAACAUUUUAAGCCCGGAGAGAAAUUGUGUGAUAGCCCUGGGAAAAUCAGUCAAUAUUUCUUUUUAAUUCUAGAGUAUGGAUUGAUUUUCUAAGUGUUGGUGAUACCAUGAACUUGAAGAAUUUGGGGUUUCAAAGGGGUUGUUUUUAGGGAUAAUUUUGAACAUUUUGAUUGCCCCUUUCCAGCUCUACAAUAUCUUUAUUUUUUUGCAGUGACCAAAACUCUACACCAGAGCUUUCCAAACUGUGUGUCACAACACAUUAGUGUAUCGGCUGCAGUGUGUAGGUGUGUCAUGUGAACACUCCCUGUGCUCCUCCCGGGGCUGGGAAGGGGCUAGUUUAACCUCCGUUUUGCUACUAAAAAUGAAUGUCACCAAAAUGAAAAGUUUGGAAAGCUCAGUCUACACAGUAUUCCAAGUGUAGUCUCACAUAGAUUUUUAUAAUGGCAAUUUGCUUUUCCAUGAUCCCUAACAUGGAAUUUGCUACUUUCCGCAGCUGCCCCAUGUUUCCGUUGAGCUAUCCAAUACAACCCCAAGAUCUCAUUCCUGGUCAGUUACUGCCAGUCUGGACCCCAUUAGUAUAUAUGUUGUAAGGAGUCCUGUGUAGUUGUUUUGCAUCAGCAGGAUAUAAAUGUUUUAAUAAACAAAAGACAAUGAUAUUACAUAUAGUUGUACAAAAACAAUACAGUGGUACCUCGGGUUAAGAACUUAAUUCGUUCUGGAGGUCCGUUCUUAACCUGAAACUGUUUUUAACCUGAGGUACCACUUUAGCUAAUGGGGCCUCCUGCUGCCACCGCACGAUUUCUGUUCUCAUCCUGAAGUAAAGUUCUUAACCUGAGGUACUAUUUCUGGGUUAGCGGAGUCUGUAACCUAAAGCCUCUGUAACCUGAGGUACCACUGUAGUUCUAAGGGGGGAGAAACAUUCAUUGUUUCAAUAUGUGUGUGUUGCAGCAGAUGACAUCAUAGACUCCAGAGGCACCUCCCUUCUUGCACUGGAAGGAGUGCCUGUAUUAGAUGGUGCUUGCCCUCUGCAGUUUUUGUAAGGUAUUUAAAAUAUUUUCUAAAAUUAGCAAUUUGUUUGUUUAAUCAAGGCCACAUUGUUAGCUGAUAUUUGUAAUUGAUUAACAGCUAAAUGCUGCCGUCUGCUUAGGCACCUUUGUCAGCCUGUCUUUUUCAAAUGGAACGCUGGAAGAACCUGCCAUAUACUGCCAAAAUCAGACUAUAUGUCCAUCUAGGUCAGCAUUCUCUAUUCUAGGGUCUCUGGCAGUGGUUCCUCACAUUCCCUUCUACCUGGGAUUCAUUUAACUUUGGAAUGGAAAACCUGUGAUGCUCCAAGUGUUGGACUCAAAUUCCCCCGAUCUCUGACUUUUGACGAUGCUGGCUGUGGCUGAUGGGAUUUGGAAUCCAAUAACAGGUAGAAGUCUGCAGGAUCCCCACCCCUGAUUUAAUUGGAAAAGCCUGGAGUUGAAACUGGGACCUUUUGCAUGCUCCAUGGUCCCUUUCCGAUGAGUGCCUUGCGCUGAGUGUUGAUGUGAAGAAGUGAGGCCGCUUUGAGCUUAAAGAAGGCUGUCUGUGUUGGAGCAAGCAAGGUAAGUCACGAAUUCUCCACUGCAAAUCAUGAUGAAGAGGCCACUGGCUGCAGAGGGAAGGUAAAUCAGCAUAUGAAAUAUUGUCUAAAUUAACCUAAUCCUCUGCUAAUAAUUUAUUUAAGAUUACAUCAUUCCUUUCUGACUGAUUACAGGUUUUUAAGGUGGUUUACAGGAACUCGCAACCAAGUAAGAUUAAGAAAAGAAAUAAGGCAGCUGGAGGGCAUCACACCCCCUACUGCAGGGGUCAGCAACCUUUUCCAGCCAUGGGCCGGUCCACCGUCCCUCAGACCAUGUCGUGGGCUGGACUAUUUGGGGGGGGGAACAAAUUCCUAUGCCCCACAAAUAACCCAGAGAUGCAUUUUAAAUAAAAGGACACAUUCUACUCAUGUAAAAACAUGCUGAUUCCCAGACCAUCAGCGGGCCGGAUUGAGAAGGUGAUUGGGCUGCAUCUGGCCCACGGGCCUUAGGUUGCCUACCCCUGCCCUACUGUAAGAUAGCCUAACAAUGCUGUCAAUGUUGCUGCAGCAACUUCCUCCCUUUCAAAGCUUACCAAUGACCACAGGAGAAAAUCCCUCCCUAAAAGAAAUGGGCUACCUAGCAACCAGUGUCAGGAAUUCUUAGGGCACUUACUCUUGGGCAGCUGGGUAACUUGUGGAUCCUGGCUCGUCCUUGCAGUGGUGACUGAUGAGUGUAUCUUACUAGAUGUUCUCUAACUUUUUUCAGAUUGAAAGAGGGGUUUUGAUGAGUGGGGCACAGCUUUAUGCAGAUCCCCUCUUUGCUCAUGUUUUUUGUCCCUUUGCUGCCUGUUCAUGGUCCUGUUAGUAGCAAAUGCUCCACUACUGGACAUCAUUUUGCUCUCUUUUACCCAAGAAAAGCUGGAAUGAGACCAGGAAGCAUUGCCCUUCUGAAGCUGACAUAAUCAUAUAACUAGCCAAUGAGAGUUAGCAGAUCAUAGUGAAGGCAGGAAACAUGUUUUCAGGUUCUUCCUGACAAAAUCAACAAAAUGGGUGGUCUGGGCACAGCACAGUGAAGGUGAGAGGGCCACCUUGACCCAGCCCUCAACGCCCUGUCAGUCAGAGGUGAAUAGUACUGUGAACUCCCAAACAAAGCAAUGCAUGUUGCAUUGACUUUGAAUACAGUGGUACCUCUGGUUAAGAACUUAAUUCGUUCCAGUGGUCCGUUCUUAACCUAAAACUGUUCUUAACCUGAAGCACCACUUUAGCUAAUGGGGCCUCCUGCUGCCGCCGGAGCACAAUUUCUGUUCUCAUCCUGAAGCAAGGUUCUUAACCUGAGAUACUAUUUCUGGGUUAGCGGAGUCUGGAACCUGAAGCAUUUGUAACAGACCUUAUACUAUCCCUUCGAAAGCAGAGUUGGCUUUUUAAAAAUAAUCUUACCAAGCGCCAGCCACCAUUGCCAAACCAGAGGAAAUUCUUUCAUUACUGCAAAAGACAGGUCAGAAAAGUCAGCUGAAAAGUUGGAGAGAUGCUGGCAUCACUAUACUGUAAAGGAUAAUUUAUUUGGUAGGAAAGAACGUAUCGGAGAAAUAUGUGGCAUUCCAGGGCCCAAGCUCCCUUUGCUGCCUCUGCUACUAACGUUUUCAGUAACCUGAAGCACAGCUUUGCCUUACUGAAGGGUCUGGAAACUGUAGGCCCGAGGACCAGAUGUGGCCUUCUAAGGCCCUCUCUCUGGCUCUCAGAGCUCUCCUCAACCAUACAACCUUCUGGCCCUGCUUUGAGUGUUUUUCCUAGUUAGAAAGAGUCCUUGAACUGUGAUAGUGCAUAAGAAGCAGGACUGACUUCAGGAGUUAGCAUUGUUUGACAACUGCCAAAGCCCACUGCCAACUCUUGGAGACUCCUGGCCUUGCUGCUGCUACCUAUUCAUCUUUCCUCUCCAUCCUGAGUGUCAAAAACUCAGGAUAACUGUACUUGCAACAUACAUACAGAAUUAAGGCGGGACCAUUAGAGUGAAUGGGUCACUGCCUCACCUGCCUGAUUUCUUUCUUAGAGUCAGUCAGUCCUGAGGGUGGCACUGCCUGUCGGCUUCCUCCUCCUCUGCGUUCUCUGUCUCUGCCCUUUUGGAGGAGGAUGGGGACAAAGCUAGAGUUUAUUAGUCCAGAUCCUCCUCUUCCCUUCCUCUUCCGCAUCUUCCAGCAUGGGGGCUGAGCUCUUUUCAGGUGUGUGCUGGACUACUAAUGUAGGUGGCUGCCACCCUGUUCUGGCAUAGCAAAUCCAAUAAACCUGACUCAUCUAUCUGUUUGCAAGUCCAUUCAUCUCUUUGUGCAGCUCUUCCCCGUUCCUCGCUUUGCUCAUCAAUCAUCUCUUAAUUUGCCUAUCUUGGCCCUCUCACCCAUCCAUCUCAAUCUUGCAGCACAGAAGUUUGCCUCCCUCUAAGUCACAAUUUUAAAGGGGGGGGGAGUGACUGCACCUUGCUUUGGCAGCAGAAGCAGCUGCAGUUUAUCAUGCCCAAGCUAGGAUGCCAACAAACCAUGCCCAUGUUGGAAGCUGAUGCAGCAGCCCUAAUAGGAAAAUGCAUGGGGACUGUGGCACGGAAGCCACACAAUCCUUUCUACUAAAGCGCAUGUGUCUGGCUCCCAUUUAGCAAAAAUUGCUUUGUUUAUGACUAAGCGAUUAGUCUUUUCCAUUGAUGCCCCCCAGCAACCCAACUGACACGGGAAGCCAGGGGGGAGCGUGGCACCUCUCAUGGUGACAGCGAAGUGAUGGGUGCCUUUUUCCAGUCCAUUAGCACCAGCAGGCUGCAGAUGUCGGCGCCUGUCUUUCUGGCAUUUCAGUGCACAAGAGAAAUGGAAGGCUCUUCCCUGUUAUCAUUGCUGCCAUGAUGGGAGAGAAGGAAAGAUAGUUCCACAUGGCACAGGGAUUAAUGGGACAGAACAAUAGCGGAGGCAGGGACAUGAGAGAAGAGGCGGGUGCGAGCCAUUUGCAAGCUAUUUAAAAACAACACUCUGUUCCUUGGUAA